AUGCCACAAGUGGAUCUCGAAACCUUAGUUUCAGCAUGCGCCGGCGUCUCUUGCGAACGCAAAAUUGCCUGUGAGACACUAGCCGCUACCACCACGACCACCAACGACGAUCAACACCAUCAGCCUCAAGAAUCUAUUACUGAUCCACCAGAAAUCCCUCCUGAUCUCCCGCCUGAAUCUUUCUGGCUUUCUAAGGACGCCGAGCUUGACUGGUUCGAUCGUAAUGCGUUCAUUGAGCGCAAGGACUCCACCAAAGGAAACUCUCAUUCAACUAACUUGAAUCCCAAUGUUAAUCCCAACUCCAAUCAGUCAAAUUCUCAGAGAUUCUCUAACUUGAAGUCCAAAGCCUCUAUUAUUGGUUUGCCAAAGCCACAGAAGUCUUGCUUCGUCGACGGAAGGCGCCACUGUAAACCGGGAAAUACACGCCUCUUUCCCAAACGGUCUGCCACCACUAAAUCGGAUUCCUCGGUUAUCGAGCCAUCUUCGCCCAAGGUCUCCUGUAUGGGAAGAGUGAGAUCGAAGAAAGAUAGAAACCGCAGAUUAAGGAAUAAGCAACGAUCUAAUGAAACCGAGAGCAAAAGUGAAAAACAGGAAAGGAAACAAAAAACGGGAUUCUUGGCUAGUUUUCGGGCCAUCUUCAGAGCUACUAGCAGUAACCGCACGGCCAAGAAAGGAAAAGAUGCAUCGCAAAGGGGAUCGCUGUCAAAAAAGAGCUCGACGGCGAAGACGAUCGACAUCAGGGAACGGUUACCGGUCAGCGAGAGAGUCUCACCGGUGGGUGCUGAACCGGUUGGUUUGGGUGGAAUGAAGCGGUUUGCCUCUGGUAGGAAAUCGGAGUCGUGGAUCGACGUGGUGUGA